UGAGAAUAUUCUAGAAAACAAAAUCCGAGUCGUUUUACAAGUUGUUAAAAGUUUUUAUUUUUAAAUUAAAUAAUCAAUUAAUUACAAUGAGUGAACAAAAUGGAAAUUCUGAUUCACAACAACCAAGAAAUCCACGUAAUUUGCAAGGACUUCUCAAGUUUGCGAUGGAAGCAACAAAAGAUGAAGAUCCAACAAAACCAUCACACUUUGAACAAAUGAGUCCAGAAGAUAAAAAAUUCCUUGAACAAGCUCUAAAAGCUGUUACUCUUGAUGUUGUUGAGGAACUAAACAAAGCAAUGGAAAUCUUAAUUAAAGGAAAUGCUUCAGAAGAAGAUCAAGUUCAAGCACUUGAAGUUGUUACCAACUUUGUCGCUGACAUCGAUACUGCAAAUGAUUUCUACAAAAUUGGCGGAUUUUGCAUCAUACUUCCUUGCCUCAACUCAGAAUAUCCAGAAGUCAGGAGUGAAACAGCUUUACUAAUCGGAGAAUUAGCACAAAACAAUGAGUUUUGUCAACGACGCUUACUUGAACUUGACGUUCUUCCCAAACUCAUUGAACUCAUGAAUGACGAAACUGAAGUGUCGGGUCACGCUUUUCAUGCAAUCUCAUGUAUUGUUAGAAGUUUUGAACCUGGAAUGAAUUCCUUCAUACAAAUGGGUGGACUUGAAUGCCUUCUGAAUCUCAUACAAGACCGAAGUCGAGAAAAAUUAAUCAUCAAAUCGAUGUUUCUUAUGAGCUCAUUCGCUCAAGAUUCCCCUCAAGUCCGACAUGAUUUAAUCAAACUUAAUGCUAUUGAGAAAAUUGUUGAAACUUUAGAACCGAAAAAUGAGUACAGUACAAGAUUAGAGCAAACACUUUCAGCUCUCAUUAGCUUAGUUGAAGGAGAAGAAGCAAUUCGGAGAUGUCAAGAUGAGAAUUUAAAACUCAAAGAAAAGUUAAACCAGAUCGUGUCGCUUGGAAAUGGAAAAGAAGAAUGUGACGAACAAAUCGAAUUCAGUCAGACGCUUCUUGAUAGAAUCUUCAAAUAAACUGCAGCAGCUGUUUGAAUAAUUCUUAUUUUAAUUACCUACAUCAAAACUUGUUCAUAAUUCAAUCAAUAAACUCAGUUGGCUUUUCUUACAAAUUAUAAAA